AUGCUGGUUUCUAUGACUUCCGUUCCCAGUGCCCCAUUUCGUGCAAAGCUGUUAGGAGGCAGCGUCUCAUACCUCCAGCAAGCCCUCAGAUCCUCGUACAUUUUCAAGCCUCCAACCAUAUUAUACACUUGCACUCCUGUUACUAUGGCGGAUCUAAAGCCACCUACUUCCACCACGCCCUCCAUCGCCACAUCGACAGCACCACACAUGGAGUCACCGCUACCGGACCGUCAUUACAAUAUCACCAGACUCUCCGAUGCUGAUUUAGCAAUUGUAUGUCAUGCAAUCGGCGCCUCGAGCAGUGUGGAAAGUCAAGCGCUUCUCCACCCAACCUCCAAGAUGUACCCACCCAAAGGCAUACCCGAUGGCUUAUACAGAGACGUUAUCCGAGCGAGAGUCAAUUGCCAAUAUUCCUACUACGUCUCUGCGGCUUUAGUCAAUACCAGUAUGGUGUUCCAGCUCUUACUGGGUGCCGCGUUGACGGCUCUGGGUUCAAGAGCAAACGGACAAGAGCUCGCGAUUACACUACUGGCAGCGGCAAAUACCGUCAUUGCAGGACUCUUAGCACUGCUGCACAAUUCAGGCCUGCCUGAUCGCUUCCAGAAGGAUUGGAACGAGUAUGAUGAGGUGGAGUCGUUUUUGAAGGAGCUGAUGGAGACAGGGAUCGUGAAAAGGGGCAUGACGAGAGAAGACGUGGUCGAGAAUUGUUUCGCAAAAUUUCGGAGAGCGAAAGCAUGCGUUUAUAACAAUAGGCCUUCUACAUAUACGGCCUCGAGUGAAAGUGGCACGAAUAGCCCACAGCAGGUGGCACCUCACCUAGCAUAA